AUGCGCGGGGCUCCUAGGGCGAAGGAUGCGACAGCAUAUUUUAAGAUUGCUCGCGAGGCAGGGAGGGGCUCGCGUCUGCGAAGCGGCGCGAGCGCAAGCUAUAUACGAGCUGUCGUACUCGACGAGAGCCAACGAGACAGGCUUGCGCCUCCCCUCCCUCUGUUCAUCCGCGCAUACCCAGACGACGCACGGGGGAACGCUGUCGGCAGCAAAUCGACUUGCGCGAUGGUCCACGACCUUGCCGACCGCCCCACCGCCGUUGGAGCCAGAAGGCUAAGUAGCCGCCGCAAAGACGGACACGAAAUAUUGCCCCCACGCACCCUGUCCUUGCGAUACCGACCCAAUCUCGCAGGAGGGGAGACUAUGCCGGAAACAGGAGAUCAUGUACAAAUGUUGCCCCGCUCGUUUAGCCGCCACCGCCGCCCCCGCAAUCGAGGGCUGACUUGCACAUGUGAGAUUUUGACCUCACAUACCGCUUUCGUGGUAGCCCCGCGCACGGCUGAUGGGAGGGGAGACUAUGUCGCUGAGAACCGGUCAAGGCGAGGCGAAGCGCCGCCAUGUCGAUUGACGGAGGCUGACUUGCCGUCCCCUAUGCCGUCCUCAUCGCCGCACGCCGCCUCAAGAUGGACGAGUGAUGUUCGACGCACGCGGUUAGGCCGACUCGACGAAUUCACGGAUUUUCGUCCGCCUAGCACGCUAUCCAGACCUCCUCAUCGCCGAAUUCCACGCCACUCGAGGAUGCGAGCACCCCAAUACUCACGAGGGGUGAAGGGAUGCGGCGCCCCCGCUCUUCAAUCACGGCCAUCCCCCAUCACCCCACAACCCCCAUGCCUUGCCAAAUCACAAGGGCCCGAGUUGCCUAGAAGCGGAAGCGGCGCGGAGAAGCCCGAUUCCAGCGCCAAGGCACUGCACAAGACGACGGGUCCCCCGGGAAAUGGCGCGAAAGCCGGUGCCGUGCUCAAGUCGUCGGUCAAGUCCUCGAACACCACCCCCUCCCCCUCCCCCCUCGUCUCGACAAUGCCGGCUGCGCCCUCGCCUGCGCGACGUCGGCGAGCUUUCGACGCCUUGAGACGGGGGGAAUCGGCGAGGUACGAGGAGGCGAGGGGGGUGUCGAAAUUGAGAUGGCCGUCGCUGUCGGGUUUCUCUGGCGCGGAAUCGCAGCGCGAAGGUGGCAGGAACUCGGGCGAGGCGUUUAGCGCGCGUGCGCGGACGAUAAGCGAGGGUAGGAGGGGCGAGGCGAGGCGAGGCGAGGCGAGGUGA